AUGGAAUCAUUAUAUCAAAAAGCGAACAAAUUGUUGAUGGAAGUUGAGAGUCACAUAUCAUCUCUAGGGCACUCGUAUUCGCCUCAACUUGAGCAGGAAAUUGAGGGUAAAUUAGAGGAGUUGUUCUCUGAUAUUCAGAGGUUGGAGCAGAUGGUCGCUAAAGAACCACCUUCCAGGAAGCAGAGCGCCAAACUACGAGUUGAACAAUUGUCAUAUGAUUGUCAGCAUGUACAUAGUACUCUUAGGACGUUCCAACAGAAACAGCGGCUCAAGGAAAAGGAAGAGCACGAUAGGAAUGAAUUGUUGUCAAGGAGAUUUACAGCAAAUGAGUGGCAAUACACAGCACAUGAAAAGGAUCGUUCAGGAGAGGUACGUGUAACUUCACAGUCUGACGUGAAGCUCGCCAUUCUAGACGCUGCUGUGCCAGGUGAUACCAAUUCUCUAGUUUAA